UUCUCCGCUCCUCUCUUGCUCUCCUGCUUUGCCAUUACCGCUUCACAUCCACUUUGACCAAGCCACCAUGAGUCGACAGUGCUACACCUCCAGCUCUCUCCUGGGAAGAAGAGGUUUUUCCUCCGCUUCUGCCGUCUGCGGCUUCGGCAGGGGCAACAGCAGCUCGGCCUCCGUCUGCCAGCCCGUGGGAAGAAGAUGUGGAGUUGGUGGCUUCAGCAGCCGCAGCGUCUGUGACCUGGGGCGAGGGCAAAGGAUUUCCUUCGGCGGCAGCUGCCGGAGCGGGGUCUAUGGAGGCCCCAACGUGGGACGCUGCGGCGUAGCUUACGGUGGAGGCCGCUUUGGUGUGGGCACUGUCAUUGGGUUUGGUAACUGCGGAAGCUACGGAGGCCUGGGCAGCUACAGAGGCCUUGGGGACAACGUCGCUAUCGGAGGCUACGGCAGUGGCAUCGGUAUUGGACUCGCUGGAGGUAGAUCUGAAGGCAUCCGGGGCGUCAGCAUCCACCCGGAGCUCCUCAAGCCCCUCUGCGUGGGGGUCGACCCGGAGGAAUGCCAAGUGCGGACCCACGAGAAAGAGCAGAUAAAGAACCUCAACAACCAGUUUGCCUGCUUCAUUGACAAGGUCCGGCUGCUGGAGCAGCAGAACAAGGUGCUGACCACCAAGUGGGAGCUGCUGCAGCAGUACGUUCUCCCGGCUUCCCGGAGAAACCUGGAGCCGGUUUUCGAGAAUUUCAUCUGCAACCUGAGGAAGCAGCUGGAGUGUGUGCUGGGGGAGCGAGAGAGGCUGGAAAACGAGGAGCGGUGCCUGAGGGACCUGGUUCAAGAGUACAAGUGCAAAUAUGAAGAUGAGAUCAACAAGCGCACAGCUGCGGAGAAUGAGUUUGUGGUGCUCAAGAAGGACGUGGACUGCCUUUACCUGACCAAGGAGGAGCUGGAGGUGAGGGUGGGCCUGCUGCGGCAGCAGCUGGAAUUCCUGAAGUGCAUCUACGCCGAGGAGAGAGCUCAGCUGGAUUGCCAACUGUGCGACACCUCUGUCGUUGUGCAAAUGGACAACAGCCGGGACCUGGACAUGGAGGGCAUCAUCAAAAGUGUUGAAUGCUGCUAUGAGGAGAUUGCCCAGAAGAGCAAGGCUGAAGUUGAGGCUUUCUAUCAAACCAGACUGGAGGAGCUCCACAGCAGCAGAGGCAAGUUCUGCAAUGACCUGAAAAACAACCAGAGCGAGAUAGCUGAGCUGAACCGGAUGAUCCAGAAGCUGCAGUGCGAGUCGGAUAACGUGAAGAAACAGAUCGCAGCUCUGCAGACGGCCAUCUGCGACGCAGAGCAGCGGGGUGACUGUGCCCUCAAAGAUGCCCGGCAGAAGCUGAUCGACCUGCAGACCGCCCUGCAGCAGGCCAAGGACAAAAUGGCAUGCUUGCUGAGAGACUACCAGGAGCUGCUGAACAUCAAGCUGGCUCUGGACAUUGAGAUCGCCACAUACAGGACACUGCUGGAAGGAGAAGAGAGCAGGAUAUGUACCGGCAACCCAGUGAGCGUAGCUGUGGUCAGCGGCGGUGGCACAGUCGGGGAGUGCAGAACCCUAUCCGGAAUCGGAGGCAAAUGCACAGUGAAGACAGGAGGGGCCAGUUCUGGAUUAGGAGUGGUUUCCUCCUUCGGCGUUGGCGGCACCGGAUUUAGCGCCCGGAGCGUAGACUGCGUGCCCAGAGUAGGGGGUGGAUUUGGGGCGAGGAGCGCGGUGAGCUGCGUGGGUCGGGAAGUGAUCUCCGGGGCGGACGCGGUGCAGUGCUCCCCUGGCCUGGCCAACCUGGGAGGUGUUGUGUGCGCUGGCGUAGAGCCGUGCAACCCGGGAAGCAUCAUCAUUCCCGGGGCGGGGGUCUGUGCCACUGGGAACAGGUACAAUACAGCCGUGCGUGUAGUCAGAACAACCCGAUAGAGUCCGGAGAGCAACAACACAUCACAUUUUAAAAUAAUCAGCAUUUCUGCAAUAAAACAGUAUUUCCCUGCCUUCUGACAGCUAUAGGAAUCACACGUCCAUGCAGUGCCCAUGCCCACACAACCAGUAGACUAGCAGCUCUGCCAAAAACUACUUGCAUGACCCAAACCACCUUCUCUUGCCCAGCCCUCUUGGGGGGAAUUUACUCCCAAGAUCCCAGACCAGUGAGAUUUUCAUUUCAGAGAGCCCAUAGCUGUGUUCACACAUUAUCUCGGCCCUUAAAUCAGUCUUCUAGAUCCCUUUUCACCAGGGAUGUUCUCAUCGUGUUUUCCCUAGCGCAGCUAUUGCAAAAGCACAAAAAACUUGGUCAUUCCAAUUUCAGAAAGAAAAGCUGCAUCUUAAUUCUCCAAGAUGGAGCUGCAGCUAGUAUUUAGCUUCCUUAAUGACAGCAGAAAAUCCAAUUUUUCCUGCUAAUGAGAGGGUUGGUAAGGGUUAUGCAAAUUGGUCCAAGUUGCCACAUCAAGUUUGGUAGAGCACAUUUUAAUUACAAACUGAUGAGCACCUUAUAUUUCUGUAGUUAAAUGCAUGCGUUGUUUUUCCUGUGUGUGUACUAGCUAGACAGAUUUGAUGCUUUUAAUGUAUAAGUGAACAGAGUUGAUUAUCCUCCGCUUAUUAUCCACAACUCUAAACUUUCAGCUGUACCUUCAAUAAACUACAUGCAUAAUUCA